AUGUCUAACUUGCGGGAUCUUCUCAAUCCCGUAGGUAUCGACAGGCACCGUAUGUCCCACUCAAGCAACGAGCUGGAAGCACAGCAAGACCAAGAUCAUUCCAUGGUCGAUGUCCCUACUUCUCAGGAGCUCGACAUCAAUGGAGCGGUUGAUGAGAGCUCGCAAGCCUUUUGGGGCGCUCUAAAUGGAGACUUUAACGACAAUUACCUCCAGUCCAAUCUUGUAAACACUCUAAGCAAUCCUUCAUUCCCAGAACAUGAUAUCUCUACACACUACUAUACUGAAAACAAUACUCUGGAUAUUGAUCCACAACUUGGAAUAGAUCUUGAUAUGGACUUGGAUAUGAACAGUUUUCAGAUGGCACCUCGUCCAGAUGAACAAGAAAACAACCCUUCGAAUGUGUCAACUACACUUGAAAGCUCUCGAGAAGGGUCAGCUAUCACACCAGAAGUUUCUGUGCUAAGUCGGUCAAAUGUAACACCUAUAACAUUAUCGGGCGAUGACGACGUCAUAGUCCAAUACGGCAUGCUUCACAACAUCGAAGUGAAAUUGGUGCCUGGCGACAUGUCAUCCAUAGAUAAGAGACUGACAGCAGAGGCCUCGGCUUAUCAGCACUUUACAUCAACGGAAUAUCAGAAACAACUAAUGCUUCGUUUUCCUAGUGAUGGGACGCACUUCGGUCAUCUCCCUUUAGCGGCAGGCCAGACUCUCCUACCUCUGAUAGUGCAACCAUCAGUCGAUAUUGAACCGCUAGCUCUAACAUACGAUCUGAGAGAGGUCAUAAGCCGCGCAAACAAACCCGCAGAUGCUAGGGUGAAAGUCGACAUAAAUAUCUAUGGUCCACGGUCUAGGGCGUUGGAUAUUGGCAGAAUACUUUCUGAUGGAAGGCUGUGGCUUCAGAGAUCUAGCCACGGAAGAUAUGGCAUUGCUUAUGAGAAUCCGCACUUCUUGAACAUUAACGUCCAAGAUACCGGAAUCGAUGAAGUCCAGAAUACGCAACAUGCUUCUAAUGAUGGUGCCCCGAAGAAAGUGAGCAAGGAAGAUCAACUUCGGAAGAUGGUAGAUGAGGUCUAUAAGACAGUCGGGAACAGCCGCGAACUUGAGAUGGUUGAAGGUGGUGACAGAGUGACCCGACAGCUGUUAAGGCAUCAGAAAGAAGCCCUAGGUUUCAUGCUCGAGAGAGAGUCGGGGCACAUCAACGAGAAGUACAGACUUUGGGAAGAGAUCGAGCAUAGGGAUGGAAAGGUACAAUAUCGACACAGAAUCACCAAGAGGCGCAAGGAUGUACGGCCAGAGGAGAAAGGCGGCGGUAUUCUGGCCGACGACAUGGGAAUGGGAAAAUCACUUUCCAUUCUCGCCUUGAUCAUGAAGACUCUUGACAAUGGUCAAGAGUGGGCGGAGGAGAGAAAUGCGAAGCACAAAAGCAGGAGAUCUCUCAAAUUCUCUCGGUCUACUCUAGUUGUAGUCUCAGCAGCCUUAUUGGUCGAUGAGUGGAUAAACGAGGUUCAGAAGCACCUACAAAAUGGUAUUAAAGUGGUUAAGUACCAUGGGGAAAAGAGACCGAAGACCGUCGAGGAGCUCGAAGAGACUGAUAUCGUAGUAACAACAUAUCAUACACUCACUGCCGAGUAUUCAGCAGGGAAAGGAAAGAAUUCGCCGCUAUACCAGUUAGGCUGGUAUCGAAUAGUCCUCGACGAAGCUCAUAUCAUCCGUCGUCCAUCCACAAAUUUCUUCCAGGCUUGUGAAUAUCUCCAUGCUGAGUCUCGAUGGUGCCUCUCCGGGACGCCCAUCCAAAACAAGCUCGCCGAUAUUGGCUCACUAUUCCGCUUCAUACGUGCCGAGCCAUUUGAUAAGGCAUCCGAAUUUAGGAAGUGGAUCGAAACACCAUUUGAGAACUCAUUCGAGGACCCUGAGCUCGUAAGUGAUCGCCUAGUCCUCCUCCUUGAAGCACUGUGUCUUCGCCGAACUCGAGAAGUCCUCAACUUGCCCAAAACAAGGCAGUUUGUCCGGCAUUUAGAAUUCAGUCCACACGAGCGAGAUCAAUACGAUAAAACAAAGGCUGUUAUUCUACGAAACAUGGAGCAUCGCAUGGGAGAAGUCAAAAAGAGCUCCCAGUUCGGCAUGUUCCAGAUGUGGCUUCAGCUGAGAAUUGUCUGUAACCAUGGAACAUAUCAAAAGCUCUUCUCCUGGCAUCGAAGAAGCCUUUUGGAAGAACGAGAGGCUAUAGUUGGAACUGCUGGUCAAUAUGGCGAGAUUUCCUGCGCGGGAUGUGAGCAGCCGAUGCCGGUAUUGGGAUGCGACUUGACGGAAAGAAUGUUUGAUGACCCAUGUUCACAUGUUCUUUGUUCGAAAUGCAUUGAGGAGUCUAGUCUGGCCCUACCUGAGACUAAAAACCCAUGCCCGAUCUGCUUCAGAUGGUACAAAAAGCCUUCAAACCCUCCGGAUGAAGGAACUUUGGGACAUAGUGAGAGACCGCGAAAGCGACGAAAGGCUACGGUGGUAAACGAUGACCAUGAGAGCUAUUUCAAUGAGAAAGGUUUCUCAACUAAGAUACAGACUCUCGUGGAGGAUAUCCAGAUGGAUCUUUGGACCACAAAAAGUAUCAUAUUCUCUUGCUGGACCCGAACGCUGUAUUUGAUAUCAAGGCACCUGGAACAGGCUAAGAUUCCAUACCUUCGACUCGACGGUGAAAGCCCAUUGCGCCAACGGCAGGCUACGCUGCUUAAGUUUGAGAACGAGGAUGAGAUGCCUGUUCUCAUUAUGACAACAGGAACCGGAGCCUUUGGCGUCGAGAGCCAGGCGAUUUCACGAGCCAUUCGCCUUGGGCAACAGAGUGAGGUUAGAGUUACAAGAUAUAUUAUCAACAACACUGUGGAAGAGGACAUACGGCAUCAGCAGGAGUAUAAGAAGCAUAUUGCAACACUGGGGUUCGAGGAAUCAAUUAAUUAG